AUGGACGAGACCGAGAAGGCGAUGCCGGCGGCCAGGAGGGCGGACACGGCCUCCACCACCCCCACCACCGUCUCGCCCGCCUCCACCGCCUCCUCCUGCUCCUCCAACCCCGACCCCGACCCCGCCGCCGCCCGCACGCCGCCGCCCACCUUCGCCGUCCCCUGGGCGCGCGCCGACGGCGGCGGGGGCUACUACCCGGGCUGCCGCAAGGACGCCAACUGCGCCUGCGAGAUCUGCCUCGCCAGCAUCAACGCCACGCGCGACCUCCUCCCGCCCGAGGCCGCCUCCGCGCGCCGCUGCUUCGCCGCCGCCGCCGCCAGGGACCGCAGGCCCGGCUCCCGCCCCCUCUUCCUCGCCCGCGGCACCCCUCCGUCUCCGCCCGGGUCCGAGCUCACCGAGCCGUGGACCCCGCCGCCGCAGCUGCGGUCCACGGCGAAGUCCAAGAAACCCUGGCAGGCCGCGCGCGAGGGCGAGGCGGCUACCCCGAAGAAAGGCGGGGGUUCGUCGUCCCCGCCCGACUGGGCGAUCUACGCGCUGACGGUUCUCGCGUUCCUGCUUCUGCUGUGGGUGGACACGGGGCUCGUCCCGGAGGCCGCCGCGAGGGGGUUCGGCCCCAAGCUGUCGCCGGAGGCCGUGGCGCGGGUCGGCCUAGAGGCGCGCCUCGCGCCUGCCGGUCUGGGCCACAAGCUGCGCUCCGUGGAGCGAGGCGUUGGCCAGCUCGUCGGCGCCGGGAGGAUCCACAACUGCAGCUCCAAGGACUCCGUCUGGCGACUCGAGCAGAAUGACCAGCACGUGUUCCACUGGCGCUGCGCCCUGUACAAGUCGGCGGCGGAGGAGGUCACCGUCUGGGGGAGCCCGCUCCGCACCUCCGGCCUCCUCCCGUCCACGCUCUCCGCGCGGCACAUCACCCUCCUCUCCGGCCAGAUCACAGAGUGGUCCGACGGGAAGCUGUGGCCGACGGUGAGGGCGAGCAACGGCACCUCCUGGAGCUACCGGCGCCGGAGCGCGGGGGCGGUGCAGCUGGAACCAGAGACGUGGGUGCUGGAGUACCAGAGGAGCGUGCUCUUCGAGGGGACACGGCUGUUGCCGGCCACGGUGGAGCUGCUGGCGUCAAGGUGCUCGACAGUGGCGAAACGUGCGCGGCGCAAGCUGGCCAAGAAACGCUUUUAUGGUGGCGCCGGCGGGAUCCAGGCCAACCCAACUUGA